AUGGUGGAGGAAUUUAAGGUUGCUCAUUCAUCUUCUCGCCUUGCAUCUCCAAUACAGAAUGUUAGAUGGAAGAAGCCUCCUAUAGGUAUGAUCAAACUAAAUGUGGAUGCGGCUUUUAGCACUGUGGAUGGGAGUAUAGGUGUUGGGGGUGUGUUUCGAGACUUUGAAGGCUCUUGUUUUGGAGGUUUUCGCCACACACUUCCUACAGCUUCUUCCGCUCGGCAUGCCGAACUGGUAGCGCUGCUGAUGGGCGUCCAGCUAGCUAUCUCUCAUCAAUUUGUCCCUCUGAUAGUGGAGACUGAUUGUCAAGACUUGGUACAAGCUGUGGUGAAUGAUUCCCUUGAUCAUUCGGUGUUGGGCUACCUCUCAGGUGACCUUCGAGAGGCCUUGUAG